GUGUUUCCCGCCGUCGUCGCUGAAAAUGAAGCUCUUUGAAACCGAAUACCUCUUUGCCCAUCCUUGGUGCACCCUCACGCUAGCAAAUUGGCAAAAGUAUCCAAACCAAUACUCCUCACACGUCCUCUCCGUGGACGUGCUCGAUCGGUCUGUAGAUCCAGAAACGGGCAUUCUCACAACCGAACGUCUUCUCUGUUGCAAACAAUCUGCACCAGCCCUCCUACGUCGUAUCCUUCCCAUCCCAGAAGUGGCCUACUUUAGAGAGAUCUCCUAUCUGGACCCCCGAUCGCAGACAUAUACAGCGAUAUCGACAAACCUAAGCAUGCGAUCGUUCAUAAACUUGGAGGAGAAGUGCGAGUACAAAGCGGACCCAGAACAUCCAGAAGGGAAGACAGUUUUUACGCAACAGGCGGCCGUGAGCGCAAUGGGAGUGUUGAGCUACGGAGCUAAACUGGUGGAAGAGAGCGCGGUCAAUUCAUUCCAUAAAAACGCUGCUCGCGGACGACAAGGUUUGGAAACCAUUGUCGAAAAGCUGGUUGAGGAAGCAAAGGCGGUGGAGCAGGGGUUCAAGGACGGACUGGAAACGCAUCUGCGAAAGGGAAACAUGGGUGUACCCGAGCCUUAAAGGCAGCAUUAUUUGUCUGUCGCAGAGGAGGUGGCCCAUCGCUCUGAGGCGGAUCACCUCUUGUUCCCUCCACCUAUUAUUCCGAUACAUUAUUCCUUCAGCCAUUAUCAGCCGCGGUGUUUUGCAGAUGGGCAGGCAAAACACUCUUAGACGUUGCCUUUGUACAUGUUACGCUAGUUUUUAUACCCGCCUUGUAAGAUGAUAAUUAUG